UUGUGAGAUGUUAUGACGCUUGUGCUGAGGCUAAACGCUAAUUAUACUGGUUGAAAUUUAAUUCAUACCGCGCCAAAAGUGCUGAAGAGCAAAAAUUAAAGUCUAACCCAUAAUAGGGGAGUUUGUGCGAAUAACCCAAAAAUGGCAGAUGGUACCAAUUAAUGGCCACAUUGAGGCAAAUGCUAUAACUUCCUGCAAAGUUCACCAGCCGAGAAUAGUGGUUAAUCGUUAAUCAUCAAUGCACUAACCACGCCUUAUUUUUUGCUUAAAAUCAUUAAAUGCAUUUAUUAACAUUAAUCCAAUAGGGAAAUCAACCAACAAUAACCUGCAUUUGGCAUUUUCAAAGCUAUCUGGUAAGAUUUCUCCAAUUUUGACCGUAUAAUUCAUUUAUGAAAAAAGAAGUAGAUGGAAAGACACAACAAAAAUGUGAUGAAACCUAUGAACUUGUAUAAACAAUUUUUGGAAAAAACGUUUUCCAGAAUUCUUGUUGGGAAUAGAUUUUGUACAAAAACAAAAUGAAUUUUGAUUAUCUAUCGUAACGUUUGGAAUAGUAUGUGCUUUGUGAGUAAAUAAUUUUAUUUGAAAACUACCUUAAAUUAUUUCUUCAAAAAAUAGUUUCUUGAAAAAUUCUUUUGCAAAAACUUUUUGAAAAAUACUUCAACAAACACGUUUAGUUUUUGUUUUUGUAAGAUUUCAAAGAAACAUUUCAUGAAAAAAAAACCCUUAUAUUGAAGGGGAAUGAUAUCGCAUCUAUACAUAUUGUACAAUAUAUAGGACGAGAAUUGCUUUGUGUGCCACAAAUUCAAGGUGAACAUAUUUUUACUUGUUCUAUGUACAAUUAGUUACCACAAAUAAAACUUAAUAUUAUGAAAGAGAGAGAGUGAAUACUAAUAAAUAUUUUACGAUGUACCAAAAAAAAUUUAGUUGGGAGAGAUCAGUGAGAGUUAAUUAAGUCAGUAAUUAUUAUUACUAGCCCACUACUAGCUGUAAUUAACUAGCAACUCUUGACUUUUCACUUGUCUAAAAUCUCAAACAUAAAAACCAUUUCUCAUGAACUUCACUUCAUUUCAAGGUGACUUUUCUUUUACCCCACUUUCAGUUUUGACUUUCCAUUGUCUAAAAGUUCUUAACUUUUCUUUCUUGAACUUCAAUUCAUCAAAACCAUAUAUAUAUAUAUUCGAGGUUCUUUCUUGUUCUUCAUACAAAUAAGAAAAGAAAAAAAAAUGGCACUACAUUUCUUUAAAAGUACAGCACUUUUGUUUUUCUUCUAUGGAUUAGCAAAUGGAAGAGUAUUGCGAUGGCCAUCAGUUGGAACAAAUUUAUUUGGAUUUAUUCCAACAAUAUAUGUUAGUCAGUCUGGUUUUGCCCAAUUUGAGAAUAUUCAAUCUGCCAUUGAUUCAAUUCCUUCCAAUAAUUCUGAUUGGAUUUGUAUCUUCAUCAACUCUGGCUUGUACAAAGAACAGGUGCAAAUUCCAGGUGAUAAACCUUUUAUUUAUUUAAAAGGUGCAGAUGUAAGAACAACUAUUGUGAUGUGGGAUGCUCAUGACUCACUUAUAACAAGUGCAACUUUUUCCUCUUUUGCUGACAAUAUCGUAGUGGAAAAUAUAAAUUUUACAAAUUCUUACAAUUACCCAUUUAAGAAAAAUGGAAAUCCAAUGAAACCAGCAUUAGCAACAAUUGUUUCAGGGGACAAAACUGCAUUUUAUGGAUGUGCUUUCUCUGGUUUGCAAGAUACUUUGUUGGAUGAUAGUGGCAAACAUUAUUUUAAGCUUUGUACCAUUGAAGGAGCCAUGGAUUUUAUUUUUGGCACCGGUCAAUCCAUUUAUGAGGAAUGUACAAUAUUGGUGAAUGCUGGAUCAGUAGCACCAGAUUAUGGAGGAUACAUAACAGCACAAGGGAGAUCAGAUCCAAAUGAUGCAAAUGGAUUUGUGUUCAAGAAUUGCAAAGUGAUGGGGACAGGCAAGGCAUUCUUAGGAAGGGCAUGGAGGAGUAAUGCUAGGGUCUUAUUUUAUAAGACUUCCCUUUCCGACAUCAUUGUUCCUCAAGGUUGGGAUGCUUGGAAUUUCGAAGGCCAUGAGGACCAAUUGACUUUCUCAGAAGAAGGCUGUGAUGGAUCAGGAGCAGACACAUCAAAGAGAGUUAAAUGGGAAAAGAAGCUAAGCAAAAAAAUAGUGGAAUCAUUGACAGAUCUGUCCUUCAUUGAUACUGAUAAUUGGAUUAAUGGACAGCCUUUUAUCUUGUUAAAUUAGAGAAGGGUCAUAGUUUAAUAAUUGACUCAAGCAGAUUAUGUGUUUUUCUUUCUUCUUCUUUAGUUCCUUUCUUUUGUAUGACCCUUCACUCCACUUAUAUGUACUUCUAUAUCCAAGAACAUGAAUAGAAAACCUAAUGUUAUUUGA